AUGUCGACGAAAACGACCACCACUGUGGUAGCUGGUCGGAACAGUGGGACAGUUGUGUCAGGGGAAUUCGAUGUGGCCGCCUUUGAGCAGAAACUACGGGAUCUGAAGGAUACGCAGGAGAGCAUCCAGCACCUGUCGGCCUGGUGUUUACAGCGGCGAGCGCAUCACAAAAAGAUUGUCACCAGUUGGUUGAACGUGCUAAAGCAGGUGAAAAUUGAGAGCCGGCUUACGUUAUUCUACCUGGCGAACGACGUGAUUCAGUACAGCAAGCGCAAAAACUACGAGUUUGUCGAUAGCUGGGGAACGUACCUCCAAAAAGCCACCACACUGGUGCGGGAUGAAAAAGUGAAGCACAAGAUACUGCGAAUCUUCAAGAUCUGGGAACAGCGAGAAGUGUACAACGAGGAGUUUUUGACCGAUCUGAACGGUCUGCUCAGUGUGACUACCCCGUCAGCUAAAAAACAACAACAACAGCAGCAGCAGCAGCAGCAGCAACAGCAACAACAACAACAGCAACAACAACAGCAACAGCAACAGCAGUCCAAAAAUCAACACGAUUCCUCUCAGCAUCAUCACCAUCAUCAUCACCAUCACCAUCAUCACCACCAAUCGUCAUCGUCGGGAGCGACCGGUGCAACGCUUGCUACGGGCCCAACGAAGCUGGCCGAAACGAAAUCAGCCACUGCCAACGUGCAGCUGGACGCGGACGACUACCAGGCGUCCGUGUUGGUGGGAAAUGUGCGCGAUUGCGUGAAGUAUGAAAGCGAAACCGACCACACGUUCAAGAGCCUCAACAAGAAACCGUUGGUCGAGGUGGACGUUGUGAUGGGAUCGAUUAAGGGCAAGGAUCGCAAGAAGGUGGAAGAGGUUGAGCAGGAGAUCGAGGAUCAGCUGGCGCAGUACAAGCACUUUGUGGAGAACCUGAAGACGGAGCUGCAGUCACGCCGGGUACUGUUGACCGUGCUGGAGCAAGCAGAGUCCUUCUAUGGCAAUCAGCGGAACGAAGUGAAGGUCGUAGUAAACGCCUAUCGCAAUUUUGGCAACCGGCUAAAGAGCAUGAAAAAGAAGUUGGACGAACUGACAACCAGCCUGCCGAGUCCGAUUCCGUCACCCGACAUUAACGCUCCCUCACCCGGGCCAUCCGAUCUGGACAUCAUUCUGCCGGAUGAGCAAGGUUACUUUCAGAUGCAUCAUCAGCGGCGCAGCUACAUGGACGGAGGCAGCUUACCGUUCGACAUUAAUGACUUUAACCGAAGCGAUUCGCCCUCAGUGAUGCACAGUGUUCAACCAAUUCAAGUGAUAAAUUCGCGUAAGGAAGAAUCGGAAGGGGUAAACGAAUUCCUGAAGUCUUUUUUCCCCGAUCCAUCAGGUUAUCAUGCGCCCUCUAGCGUACCACCGAGCGGCAUGCCUGGUGGCGGCGGUGGUGGUGGUGGUGGUGGAGGUGGCGGUACCGUUGGUGGAGGAAACAGUGUGCAGGGAGUCGGUGGUAUCGUAGCGCCACCACAGCCCCCACCAGGCAUCGUACCGCAUCCGGUCGGACCGUACGGGUCGGGCGUUAAUCCGUGGGCAACGUCGACACCGCACGGUCCCGGCGGACGAUCGGGUAACGGCAAUUACCGCCAACCGUACAACCCGGGAGUCCUGUCCGAUUACGGCUCGCCGCAACCCGGUGUCGGACGGCAAUCGUCGGUCACUGCCCCCUUGUUGCCUCCUCCGAUGCCUCCCAUAAAUCUUGAUGCAUCCGAUGAGUACAACUCGACUUGGGAUAUGCAAAUGUCAUGGGACGGAACGCAUGAUUCUUCCGGCUUCCAAAGUCUAGAAGCUCCCGUGUCUCCGUCUCAUUAUGACCGGGGCAGUGUCGACAGAGGUUUGCAAGAUGUUGACCAUCGUCAGCUGCCCAACAGUCUCGGUGUGCCCCCCUUUCUGAAGGAUAAAGGUCGCCUGGCCGAUGUGGAUCACCGCAAUCUGAUCUCGCUUACCGGAUCGCCUGGAGGGCCGCUCCCGAAAGGGAUGAAUGCGAGCAACAUGGACAUAGAUGAGCAUGACAACUCGGCUAGCCUGUCGGCAAGAAGUCAAGGGUCUGGUCAAAAUCGAAGAUCUGCUCCGCAGCCCGUACCUGCUCCCCUCGGCGAUACGGUUGACAGCCGGAACACGCUGUGGAUGGGAUGCCAGGAUAAUAGUUUUCCGACGGCAUCGAACGAUGUAGACCUGAGGCUACCCUCUUCGUCCGCGUUAACGAUCGUCCCGACCACGACACCCUCCAAUCCCCCCCGAGAGACUGAGGGGGAAGAAUCGAAGGAUCUCGACAUGCGAAUACAGUCGUUGGAGAAAGCAAUUGCGGCGCAGAUUGCUAACAGCGGCAACAGCAGUACAGUGCAACAGCGGCUUGGUGGUGGGGCCGAGAUCGGCCGCGAAGAUGACGGGACUGAUAAUAGUGUACAGUCGGCGGACGAUGCGAACGGGAACACAGCUCUCGAUGGCGAUGAAGAGGGCGAUCUAAGCUUACCGACCCUUCAAACACCGGUUUCGCUGCUGGAGAUCGAUGACUUCUUGCAAAACUUUGAGCGAGAAAGGUUUGACCUGACGAAACCACCAGCCCUGCUGAUGAGCAAUCAAACGGAAACGUCCCAAUCACCGCCACCUACCUCAGAAAAAUCUGGCACCGGAGACGAAAGCAGGAAGAACCCUACCGACAACACAGAAAGUGUUGAUAUGGACCUAUCGGAUGAAGAUGGCUGUGGGCCGACGCCCGAUGACCAACCACCGCACGAGGCGCCUUCGUCUGCCCAAUCAAAUGUAGACGAGGACAGCACCGAAACUACAUCACAGGAUGGGACGAUGAUGGGAAGCCUGCGGGAUGAUGCAGCCGGAGCAGGAUCUUCGAGUCAGCAUGGUGGAUCACCGAUGCAAAUGGCGGGGGGAACUGCGGUUAACGCCGCAGCGUUAACGAACAAUGGUGCCGCUUGCGGGAGCGGUAAAAGUGCUCCAACGCAGCCGAUCCAUCAGCAACGGCCACCGCUCCUACCGGAUCCACCGUUUGCGCCAACUGGACCGCAUCCGAAGUGGGAUCUCCCGCCGCCCAGUUUGAUGAGCCUUACCGGGCUUGGUGGUUUCAGCAGCGUGCCACCGCCGCCGCCCCCCGGACUGAUCGGUAACAUUAAUCAACCGCCUCCCUCCACUUUGCCUCAGAUCUGGGCCGAUCAGCCACCCCCGAUGACGGGUGACGCUCCGGGACUGUUCGGGUCUCCGAAUCGACCACCUCCGCCGCUUCCUUUUGGCGGUGGGCAAAUGAAGGGCAACAAUUAUCGUGGUGGUGGUGGCGGAGCUGUUGGCACACCGCGUGGCCGCGGCGUGGGUGGUCACAACCGCGGUGGCGGCCAUUCGCCGUACUUUCGCGGUGGCAAUGGGGGUCCGAUGAUGCGCGGAGGCUACCGUGGUGGUAAUAAUAAUAAAUUUCGUGGUGGAGGCUCCAACAAUCGGUCCGGUUGGUAAAACAGGGAUCUGUCUGGUAACGGAUACGAUUGUAAUUUAUCGUUUUACUGUUGAGCCAUAUGCCGCGUGACGCGUUACAGAGCAGUGUGAAGCACGGUUUGCAGCAGGGUGUAUGUGGGUGUCGAAGUGGAAACAGGAAGUUCUGCUCGAUCAGUUGCGAUCAAUGAACGUGCGUAGACCAUAGGUACAACAGUAGGGGAUGAACGAAUAGGACCGGAUUGACAUAACGGAAGCAAAAAGAGCAUCUUGAUUGGUUCGCACGAUAACGCUGCGUGUUCGUGGCCGAUUAAAGAAUGUAAAUAAUUAGAUAAUAAAAACGGGAGAACAAAAAGAUGAUAUAGUCAAAGAAAUACACAAGCAACGUACCCCUUUGCCGAAUGAAAUAUAUUGAACAUACCGACCCUGUUCUCGUCCCUUAUGCAGAAUGUAGAACGUAUGCUUAUUUGUUACGAAAUAAUAAACAGGAAAUGAACUAUUGUGAAUGGAUUGCACCGUACGAUGUACCGGAAUACGAUGGAAGUAACGUGAACCAGAAGGAUCUACGAGUUAGAUAACAACUAGUGUUUAGGUUUAACAGCAGCUAAUACGAUUAAUGUAGAAAUCUAUGGUAAUGUCGUUCACAUUUUUGUCCUUAACGCGCCAAUACACACAUACACACACACAUGCGCGCGUAUACACACACACACAAACCAGAAAGGAUUCGCUUCUUUAAGUAUGGUUAGGUACCGUUCUGUGUUGGUAUUUUAUUCUCGCAUCUAUUUUCGACUGCAUUGCGUUAAU